AUGAACACCGACAGAGCCACCAGUUCUACGACCGACUACGAUGACAAGACCCCGGAGGUUCCUACUGCAAUCCAAGACAAUGUGGGCGAUGUAGAGAAGCCAGAUGGGAACAAGAAAGAGACGGCGGCCUCAGAUAAGGAGCCAAAGAGGACAGUGACGGGUCUAAAGUGGUUCAUUAUUUACACCUCUCUAAUGUCCACUGUUCUGCUUUUUGCUUUGGACAACACUAUUGUUGCAACCAUUCAGCCCGACAUAGUGGAAACUUUUGACGAUCAACAAAAUCUAGCAUGGAUUGGCGUGAGCUUUAUUCUUGGCCAGGUCGUCAUUCUGCCCGUUGGAAAAGCCUAUGGCAUGUUCAGCAUGAAGUACCUCUUCAUCAUUAGCCUCAUAUUGUUCGAGGGUGGCAGCGCAAUUUGCGGAGCUGCACCCAACAUGGUUGCCAUCAUUGUCGGCCGUGCCAUUGCUGGCGUGGGCGGAGCGGGCGUCUACGUGGGAGGACUGACCUACAUCAGUGUCUUGACCACUCCACAUGAGAGGCCUCUCUACCUUGCCAUUCUCAUGUCUGUUUGGGGAUUUGGCAAUGUUCUCGGUCCUAUCAUUGGCGGCUCGUUUGCGGUUAGUUCUGCUACUUGGCGCUGGGGAUUCUACAUUGUGAGUAUUGAGACACUUGCUGUCGAGUUUAUGGUUUACUAA